UACGAAAAGACGGCCAACGUCGCCACGACGCUCUUUCCCCUCUGGACCGUCCUUUUCACCGGUCUCGCCCUCAAAAGCCCGUCCUCUUUCGCCUGGUUUACCACCGAAUACUUUACGGCGGGUCUGGCCGCACUCAUGCUCUCCAUGGGCAUCACGCUCACCCCCAACGAUUUCAAAAAGGUAGCCGCCCGUCCCAACGCCACGCUCAUGCAGUUUGCUCUCUGUUACGGAAUGAUGCCAAUGCUGGCUCUGGGACUCGGUAAGGCUUUCGCCUUGGAACCCGCCUUGAUUGCCGGUAUGGUGUUGGUCGGGUCCAUCAACGGUGGACAAGCUUCCAACUUGUGUACCUACAUUGCCCGGGGUAACGUCGCCUUGUCGGUCCUCAUGACCACCGCUACCACCUUGGGCGCCAUCGUCAUGACCCCGCUCUUGUGCAAGAGCCUCCUGGGGGCCGUCGUACCCGUCGACGCCGCUGGGAUCGCCAAAUCCACCAUUCAGGUCGUGCUAGCUCCGAUUGUGAUUGGUAUGACCACCAACAAAUUCUUCCCCCGGUUUGUCGAGAAAAUCCUUCCGUUCGCCCCCGUUGUUGGGGUCGUCUCGACCUGUUUACUGGUUGCCAGUGCGGUCGCUCAAGUUGCCGAACCCAUCCUGAACGCCGGAUUGCGUUUACAGAUCCCCAUAAUGUUGAUUCAUCUUUUGGGAGGACUCGUCGGCUACAUUUUGCCCCGUUUGACCGGAUUUGGCGAGACGUCCGCCCGCACCAUGGCGAUUGAAACCUCCAUGAAGAGCUCCGCCUUUGGUUUCCUCUUGGCCAAGCUGCACUUUGGUGACUACGCGGCCCGUGUGCCUUCGGCCGUCUCCGUCGUGUGGAUGGCCUUGAUCGGUUCCUUGUUGGCCGUCGUAUGGCGGUACAUCCCGGUGGAAACCACCGGCAAGUUCGAC